AUGAUUCUAUUGCAACACCACUCACUCUCUGCACGCACAGAUCGGCUGCCGUCGACACGCGUGGCGUUCACCGCCACCCCUAUCGAUGGUGCGACUGUCACCACCACUUUGCCUCUCGAGCGGGCCGCCGCUCUGUCGACGCCGCCCAUAUUGACCGCCGAGGUUGAUCUGCGCGUCGGCUUCUCUGCCGAACCUGCAGCGACACCACCAAACGGAAGCCAGCCGCGUCUCGGCCUAUCGGACGAUGUCGCCUGCUUUGCUGUCUGCCUGGCCUGGCUGUUGGAUCGGGCGCGACCACGAUCGCCCGCGACUUGGCGUCGUCAAGACGUCCUCCGCGCGGCGUGA